AUGGAGGAAACAUCAUUGGAAGCCAAAUCGUUUCCGACAGUGAGGGAGACGAAGUGUCAUGAUGACAUGGAGGAGAUGGCAAGGACAGUCGACAAUGGGGGAAGGCAAAGGGUCACCGAUCGAUGGCCAAAGGAGGUGAGGGUUGGUGUCAUGAGGGUCGGCAUGCAGUUGCGGUCUUGGGCGGGUUUGAUGCUUUCUCCGGCAGUGAUCGGACAAACUGCUUUCGAUAUGCUGGUAACUGAAGAAACCAUACAAGGGAUUGGCACAUUUUCGACAUUUGGCUAUGCCGGCUUUCUCUUCCUGAGUGGAGUUAAAUUAGAUCCGAGCAUGGUGACAAGAGUGAGCAAAAGGGCAUUAUACAUUGGUUUACUCGCCAUUAUACCACCUUUAGUGGUCACUGUAAUGAUACUGCAGAAUUUCAGUAAGAACGAUGAAGAGAAGUCCAUAUCUUUCUUCCUUGCACCCAGUUAUAUUAUGUCUUCAUUUCCAGUCGUAAAUUGUCUGCUUGGUGAAUUGAAGAUCAUAAAUUCAGAACUUGGCAAAAUAGCACAAUCUUCUGCAAUUGUUAGUGACUUUUUGAGUCUGUUUGUCUUCGUGACAGCAAAUUUGAUGAAAAAGGCACCUCGAGAGGCACUUGAUGAUCUUAUCAUUAUUUUUGUUUUCGUCGGUUUUGUUUUCAUGGUGGUCCGACCUGCACUGAAAUCAGUGGUUAAAUCCACCCCAGAAGGCAAGCCUAUAGACUAUCUUUACUUGGCGAUCGUCGUACUGCUAUUUAUGUCCUCUAUAGGCAUGUCUGUCUGGUAUAUGAGGUUCAGGUUCUUGGGGGCUUAUAUUCUUGGUCUAGCAAUUCCACAUGGACCGCCAAUGGGAUCUCUUGUGGUUGAGAAGUUAGAAAGCAUGAUCACCCAUUUAUUUUUACCUUUGUUAUUCACAACAAGUGGCAUGAGGGUCGAAAAAUUGUUCGUGGUACUAAGCAAUCAUACAUUAAUACUUAACGCACACACCACCGCCAUAGCUUUGACGGUGAAGUUCGCAGCUUGCUUGCUGCCACCACUGUAUACCAACAUCCCUUUGAAGGAUGCUUCUUCACUAGCCCUCAUAAUGUGUUCUUUAGGUACUGUUGAGCUCACUGGGUUCGUCUUCUUGAGUGACAUCAAGGUUAUAGAUGCAGACAUGUAUGCGUUGAUGUUUUAUGUAAUCCUUAAUGUAUCAAGCAUUGUGCCUAUGCUUGUGAAAGUUCUCUAUGAUCCUUCAAGAAAAUAUGCUGGCUACCAGAAGAGGAACCUCAUAGAUUUGAAGCCUCAUUCGGAUCUGCCAGUCGUUGCUUGCAUUCAUGUACCGGAUGAUGUGAGCGCGGUGAUCCAUCUGUUGGAUGUUGCGUAUCCUUCACGAGAAAACCACGUGGUUGUUAAUGUCCUUCAUCUCAUUAAGCUCAGAGGACAAUCAACUCCAGUCUUCAUUUCCCACGACAAGGAAAGGACAACAACUUUCGGUGAUCAGUACUCUUGUUCAUUUGAGAAUAUCCUUCUUUCUUUCGGUAGAUUCGAGAGAGUCAACUGGGGAGCUGUAUCCGUCAACACUUUCACUUCAGUUUCCUCACCCGAUUUCAUGCAGGAAGAUAUAUGCAGUCUCGCAUUCGACAAAUCUGCGUCUCUUAUAAUCCUCCCAUUCCAUCGUAGAUGGUACCUUGAUGGAGGCGUCGAACAGGAAAACAAAUUCAUAAGGAGCAUAAAUUCCAGGGUCCUGGAAAAGUCUCCUUGUUCAGUAGGAAUCCUGCUUGACCGUGGCAAUAAGAUGGGUCGAGUCCAUGAUCAAUCAUCAGAGCCACAGUACAACGUUGCUGUGAUAUUCAUCGGAGGUUCCGAUGAUCGCGAGGCCUUAACAUUCGCAAAGCGCAUGGCUCAAAACCCCAAGGUUAACCUGACAGUAGUUCAUUUGCUUCCAAGGGAAAUUGAAGAGAAGGAAGAUUGGGGGACAGUGGUUGAUACAGUGAUAUUGAGGGAUAUGGAGACUGAUGGAUAUAUAAACUACAUUGAGAAGGAGGUAGUGGGUGGAUCUGAAACCGCAACUAUGCUUCAUUCUAUGAUUAAUAAAUUUAACCUCAUAAUUGUUGGGAGGAGAGCGAAUUUGAAGUCACCACAGACAUCAGGACUCAAUGAAUGGAGUGAAUUCCCAGAACUUGGAGCCCUUGGAGACCUGCUUGCAUCAAAAGAUUACAGCGCCAGAUGCUCAGUUUUGAUUGUGCAACAACAACAUACAACCCAGUCAUCAACCCAAUAA